CGGCGGUGGGGGAGGAGGAAGAGGAGGGAACGCGGCGGGGCGGAGACAGCGACAGCCUCGGCAGGGGCACCGGCUGCGGCGGCCCCGCUUCCUGCUGCUGCCCUUUCUCUUCGGCCCUCGGGUUCCUUGAAACUGUGCUAUGAAUGGUGAUUCUGGAGUGGGGGUGGUGACUUCACCACCCCCAACAACAGCUCCUCAUAAGGAGAGGUAUUUUGAUCGAGUUGAUGAAAAUAAUCCAGAGUAUUUGAGAGAGAGGAAUAUGGCACCUGACCUUCGCCAGGAUUUUAACAUGAUGGAACAGAAGAAGAGAGUCUCCAUGAUUCUUCAAAGCCCAGCUUUUUGUGAAGAACUGGAAUCUAUGAUCCAGGAGCAGUUUAAGAAGGGGAAGAACCCAACAGGUUUACUGGCUUUACAGCAGAUUGCAGAUUUCAUGACAACACAUGUACCAAAUGUCUACCCUGCAGCACCACAAGGCGGAAUGGCUGCUUUAAACAUGAGUCUUGGCAUGGUGACACCAGUGAAUGAUCUGAGAGGAUCAGAUUCCAUUGCCUAUGAAAAAGGGGAGAAGUUGUUACGAUGUAAAUUGGCAGCUUUCUACAGAUUAGCAGAUCUCUUUGGCUGGUCUCAGCUUAUUUACAAUCAUAUAACAGCCAGAGUAAAUUCUGAGCAGGAGCACUUCCUCAUUGUACCUUUUGGACUCCUUUACAGUGAAGUUACUGCGUCCAGUCUGGUUAAAAUCAACAUACAGGGUGAUGUAGUCGAUCGUGGAAGCACUAACUUGGGAGUAAACCAAGCUGGUUUUACUUUGCACUCUGCAAUUUACUCAGCUCGACCCGACGUUAAAUGCAUCGUUCACAUUCAUACACCAGCAGGGGCAGCGGUAUCUGCAAUGAAGUGUGGUCUCUUGCCAAUUUCACCUGAAGCACUUUCUCUAGGGGAAGUAGCUUAUCAUGACUACCAUGGUAUUUUAGUGGAUGAUGAAGAAAAGGUGGUGAUUCAGAAAAAUCUGGGGCCUAAAAGCAAGGUCCUUAUUCUCAGAAACCAUGGCUUAGUAUCAGUUGGAGAGACUGUUGAGGAGGCUUUCUACUAUAUUCAUAAUCUAGUGCUUGCCUGUGAAAUUCAAGUACGUACCCUGGCCAGUGCAGGUGGACCUGACAAUUUAGUGCUCCUAGAUCCUGGAAAGUAUAAAGCCAGGUCUCGUUCCCCUGAGUCUCCAGCAGGUGAGGGUACUGUAUCCCAUCCAAAAUGGCAGAUUGGCGAACAGGAGUUCGAAGCUCUUAUGCGAAUGCUUGAUAAUCUGGGCUACAGAACUGGCUAUCCAUACCGAUGCCCUGCUCUGAGAGAGAAGUCUAAAAAGUACAGCGAUGUUGAGAUUCCAGCUAGUGUCACAGGUUACUCCUUUACUAGUGAUGGCGAAUCAGGCAUUUGCUCCCCCCUCAGACACAGUUUUCAGAAACAGCAGCGAGAGAAGACAAGGUGGCUGAACUCUGGCCGAGGGGAUGAUGCUUCUGAAGAAGGGCAGAAUGGCAGCAGUCCCAAGUCGAAGACUAAGUGGACUAAAGAGGAUGGACAUAGAACUGCCACCUCUGCUGUCCCCAACCUGUUUGUUCCAUUGAACACCAAUCCAAAGGAGGUCCAAGAAAUGAGGAACAAGAUCCGAGAGCAAAACUUACAAGAUAUUAAAACUGCAGGCCCUCAGUCCCAGGUUCUUUCUGGGGUAGUUGUGGACAGAAGUCUUGUACAGGAUGCUCCCCUCUCAGACUGUACGGAAUCUAUUGAAGGGCUCGAUCUCACAGAGCAGGCCUUUAGUCCCGCUAAAUCUCUGUCUGUUAGAAAGGGAGAACUGGUGACUGCGUCAAAGGCAAUAAUUGAGAAGGAAUAUCAACCCAAAGUCAUAGUGAGCACAACAGGACCAAAUCCCUUCAAUAAACUCACGGAUCGAGAACUGGAAGAGUAUCGCAAAGAAGUAGAAAGAAAGCAGAAGGGACCAGAAGAACCUUCAGAAGAUGGCAGGCCACAGAAAGAAAGAAGUCCCCCUGAUCCCACUUCAGCCCGCACUCCUCCCAGCACGCCGAUUAAAAUAGAGGAAGAGAGACAGCAGGACCAGACUUACAGAGAUGACAGUGACGCUGCAACUUUCAAGCAAACCCUCCCAGAUCUCACCCCUGACGAGCCUUCAGAAGCACUCAGCUUCCCUCCCUUAGGGAAGGAGGAAGGGAGGUGUGAGGAAGAUGUGCCCAAAAGCCAAACGGAAUCACCUGCAGUGGAAACCAAGGAACCCCAGCCUCAACCUGCUGAAGAGCCAGUGACACCAACCACGGAGGAGGGGCCGGCAGCUGAUGCAGGUAGUGAUGAAUCUCCAGGGAAGUCCCCAUCGAAAAAGAAAAAGAAGUUUCGCACUCCUUCCUUCCUGAAGAAGAGCAAAAAGAAGAGUGACUCCUAAAGGCCAAACACACUGCAGAAACACUGUCAUAUUCCCACCUCCAUUAACCACUAGAAUGUACCAGAUCGUCCCGAGUGUUUUGUCGUACUUAUGUAAAUGAAUGCAACAAGUAACCCAACCAGCCCCUCGAGUUAUGGCUUGAUUGUUUGAGGUUAUAACCAGAAACUAAUGGCAAAAAGGUGCUAAUCCCGUGUUCUCAGCAGCUACCGCAGAUCUGAUCCCGAAUUUGGAAUCAAAUGUGAAUGACUUCCAUGUGGAAGGCAUCGAACCGCUAGUUUUGAUUUAAAGCCUGCACUGCUUUACAAAAGAAUAAAGAGAUGUUCACAAUUACAAAUAAACCACACAUGGCUUACACCAAGGAGCGUUCUUCUCCCAUGUUCUGUUCCAAGUCACAAGUAAGUUUCUUUUUAAAUGCUGACUUCUUGAGCGGAUGCUAUUGCAGUGGCGCUCUCGAGAGGAGGUGUUCUUGAACUGACAUGUGAGUACAUGCUCACAAACCCUGUUUUAGUCAAGCUUUGAGGCUAAUCCAUUCCUUCCUCUCUCUCCCCUCUCACCAUUGUAACAAAACAAAGGUGUUUUUCACUUUAUUUUCUAACUGGCUUGUGAAAUCAUCUUUGCUGUCCAGGACUGAAAUAACCAUGGUGUGUUCUGCUCACAGUUGUGCGUUAAGAGCUCAAUCCUGUUUCCUAGCAAAUGCAGUUUAAGGGAAAUGUGACUUUGAGUCUUGCCCCCCUAUGGAUUGCUCACAUGGUGAUUAGGCUGUUAGAACAGGUUAAAAGUAACUGUACUGCAAGUGUCUGGGAGGUUUCGCAGUGGUGAUGUGAAGCCUGGGCUGCUGGUUUGGGCUAAGCAGAAGGUUUGGGUGCAGGGCUGCUGCACGUAAACCCUGCUUGCAGCAUUUCGUGUGUGUUCUUCCCAUGAUAACAAUGUAAAUGCGUUACACUGAAUAGGUAACCUUGUUUUAUAUGAAUUAUUUUCACUUACAAAAACUGGUGUUUCUUUAAUAUUUUAUUUUUGUUGCCAGCAGUGAAGUACAGAAACCCCAAGUAACCUUAAAAGGUGUAUUUUCACAGUUUGCUAUAAAUGUUUGUUUAAUAUGUAGCAUGGUAAUCACUUUCUGCCACUGAAUUCACUAUUUCCCAGUCACUGCCAUGCUUCUGUCUGUCACCCGUCCUAACAGUAGUGCCAGGUGGGGUAGGGAGGGCUGGAACCCGUUUGGUUCCUCGUGUCAGUGUUUCUAGUUCAGCAGCAGCAAACGCUGAGAGCCCUGCGAGGAGAGGGCAAUGCGCUGACUCACGGCAAGCGGCUGUAGAAAACAGGAUGUGGCUGUCACCUCUUAGAACAAUAGUAAACGUUGCAGUUGGUAAAAUAGCAGCAAACUAAUGCCUUACACUGCUGCGGCAGAGCAGGGGCACGGCUCAGGUGGGGAGAUGGAAGGGGAAAUGGGAGCUUUGGGUGUGGAAAGAGAAUUGGAAGUGGGGUCGAUGCCAAAACAAGGCAGGUGACUGCCCAGGGCCGCAGCGGCUUCACGUGUGCUUGAACCUUGUGUCCCCUCUGCCCACUCUAAGAGUGCAGUGCUCACCUUGCUGAAUCGUGUUCUAGCGCAGGGUCCUCAUUCAGUGACUAAUUGCUGUCUGUUUCAGUUCUUUAAUGGAGUCCCUCCAUUUCUCUCGACCACGUAUGCAAUGACUCUUUAAUUUCUAAUUUUGUAGUUUGUUCUUUUAAUUCUUUGUAUUACAGUAUGAAAUGUAGUCAUGUAUGCUAUGGUUACACACUUUGGGGUAGAAUAAAGUCCUGUAUUUUUCUUUCUCUUGUAUCAUUAAGUUCUACUCACAAAUAAAAGUCUUAAAACCUUCA